AUUGACACGUUAUGUGUGCGGUGUGCGGAAGAAACAUAGUAUUGUGGAACGAGGAACGAAAGAUAGAACUGCAAACGUGGCCACAUCGUUCUCAUUCGUCGUUCAAACUACACUAUACGAGUCAAUUUGAAUAAUUCCGUAUUAAUAAUGCCUUUUACAGUGAACGCGGACGGAGUGAACCUCGCAAUAAUUUCUUUUACCAUUCAAUUGCUCGAAUUCGAUUGAUUAAUUAAGUGGUUCAAAAGACAAUAUGUUACAUUUUGCAUCGCAUCGGUAUCGUGAAAGAAUACAUAGUGAAUAUCGAAAAAGCGAUCAAUAGUAAUUAUAUCAGAAAAACCCUCAAAUGCUAGUUUGAAGAGGAAUUAAAACAAAGUAAAUUGUUAAACGGACAUUCGUUAGUUAAUAAAGCGAAAUAACUAUUACUUGACAUCGCUGUCAUUUAAUGGCACGGGCGUUAAACACAAAGUUAAAAUAAUUAAUAAGACAGUUGACGCCUCAAAUAGGACACGCAGUUAAUAAAACGUUAAUAAAACGAGACUAGAACAGGACUAGAGAGAUCGCUUCCGUUAACGUGAUCGAAAGCUGCAGUAAAGGAAGAAUAGAGGGAAAAGAUCGAUCGGGUGUCACGUCGGUGUGACGUGUGAGAUGUCGAAGAGGUGCAAGAACGUGUCCUGCACGCCGGUUAAGGACUCCGUUUUCGAGCUACGCACGCGGAUGGCUCGGAUGAUGUCCUUUGUCGAGAUUACCCCGAUGGCGCGCCAAGAUGGCAGAGAUGCCGCAGAUCAAAACUUCGAUUACAUGUUCAAGUUGCUGAUAAUCGGCAACUCGUCUGUCGGAAAAACUUCCUUUCUCUUUCGCUAUGCAGAUGACUCCUUCACUUCGGCUUUCGUGUCGACCGUAGGGAUCGACUUUAAAGUGAAGACGGUCUUCAGACACGAUAAAAGGGUCAAGCUACAAAUUUGGGACACGGCGGGUCAAGAGAGAUACAGAACGAUCACGACGGCCUAUUAUAGAGGCGCGAUGGGUUUCAUCUUAAUGUACGAUAUCACAAACGAAGAAUCGUUUAACUCGGUGCAGGACUGGGUCACACAAAUAAAGAAUUAUUCGUGGGACAACGCUCAGGUUAUUCUCGUGGGCAACAAGUGCGACAUGGAGGAGGAAAGAGUGAUUAGCAUCGAGAGGGGUAAACAGUUAGCGGAUCAAUUAGGCGUACGCUUCUUCGAAACGUCGGCUAAAGAGAACAUCAACGUUAAGGCGGUGUUCGAGCAGCUGGUGGAUAUAAUAUGCGACAAGAUGAGCGAGUCUCUGGACAAUGAUCCGACUCUAAUGGCGGGCGGUGUGGGUGGUCAACCCGGUGGUAAGGGUCAACGGCUCACCGAUCAGCCGACCAAUCCAGCGAACGCCAACUGUAAUUGCUAAAAGAAAAUGUGGCGGCACGCAGUAGCGGGGAAACGCGAGAGAUCGUAUACGUGUGUUGCGCGCGUGUUGAGCGCACGUGUGUAUGCAUGUGUGUAUGCGUGUCGCGUUAGCGAAAAAAAAAGAGAACGAGAGAGGAAGGAAAUGUCGUGUGCGACGCUAGUGUGUUAACUAGUCCACUCUUACUUCGUCGUUCCCUCGUUACGUUAUUUAUUUCGGCGGUUUGCCCUUUUUUUCACCUGUUUUACCUUUUCUUGACGCGAGAUGAUAUAUAUAUGAAUAAUGUACGCUAUAAAUAUAUAUAUAUAUAUAUAACAAUUGUGAUCAUCGAGCUGCGACCGAAUUGGUCGACGAUCGAACGAGAGAAAGCCCGUGGUCCUCCUUUCGGUUCAUUCGCUUGCGUUAAAAGAGUAAGAUUUCGUAUAAUUCCGAAAAAUUCAAAUCUCUAUGCUACGCAAAAACGUGUUUCGCCAAUUGUCACGUUUUUAUUAUCAGAAAUAAGCGUAUCAUCAAUCGUAAUAGUCACAUUAAAUAAUAAUGGUAUUCGCGGACUGUUCCUAUAAAGAUUAGUUAAAAUUUAUUAAUAAAAUAAAUUAAAAAUUUACUAAGUACUUUAUUCUAGAGAAUAAAAAAAAGAACUCGAGUCGCGAUUAGCAUUAAUCUGGAUAAAAAUGAGCAAAAGAAAGAAAAGGAUGUAGGAAAAUAAUAAAUUCAACUACUUUUACCAUAGUAUUUUUUUACAAUUCUAUAAAAAAAUCCAACGAAAAAUCUCAAGUUUUAUAUUGUGCUAAAAUAAUUACACGCACAUAAUGGAUACUACUAUUUUGCUCAAUCGUAGAGAUUAUUAUCACACGUCUGUAGCAUCGAGAUCUGAGCUCAACGGAAUAAUACCGACUUUGAUUUCUAUUAAUGAGAGGAAAAAGAAACCGCGAGGAGGAAAAGUUAGACGAAUGCGCAUUGUUCCACGAUUGAUAAUAAUUAAUGACGAUGACCAUUAUAGCGGGGACGAUGUUGCUCGAUGUUUGGCACUGUAAACUCAGAAUUAUCAGGCACGACCGAAGGGAGCGACUCCAUGUCUCAAGUAUACGCGUUAAUUAAUAUGCGCCCAAGAAAACCUGACAAUAAAUGUCAAUCACUCAACAAAGCUACACGAAUUCAGACUAUCGAUCAGUCGGAGACUAACAAAAAGCCUUUAGCUCCUUUUGUCUAAAUUCAUGCAAACAAUGUGAAUAAUCUAUGUGAAAUUUCAUCGCGUUAUAACAUUGUUUCAAAGUUGCAAUUGCAAACUAUCUAGAAGAUACACGGAAAAAAUAUUUAUUAAAUAUUGUCUAGUAAAUUUAACGUUUAGCGACAUUCUCUAUAGCAGUUAUUGCGACUAUUGCAUUAAUAAAAGAUUAGUACCUACAUACAGAAAAAUGUUUAACCAUUUGCGGAGACCUAAGGAGUUGAAGGGUUAAGUACAGAAACGUGUGUGUAAAUACAGAAUACGUGUGUAUCAGUUGAGAAUCAAUCUGACGAUUAUUACAUCAAUAUUCGUUGCAAAGCGAAAGAAAUUUGUUAUUGCAAAUUAAAUAAAUUUCGCAAUUAAACUCCAAAUCGAAUAGUCCAAAUUGAUGAAUUGUUUAAAUGUAGUUUAAAAACAAAAAUAUUUCAGCGAUACGUUUUCAAAUGUUUUAAGUGACACGCUCGAUGUACUUUUAAAAGAAGUUUGCAUUUAUUUCCUACAAUAAAAUAUUAUUUUCAAAUCUUUCUAGCAUUAGAGCGUUAGCUUAACAGUUUUUGAUUGUUAUUCGAUUAGUAUUCAAUUAUUCAUGCGUAAUCGAUGAUUUAUUGGCAUGUACUCGGCGAGUAAUUUUUGUAAUUUGCAUUUAAAGUGUCUCGACGAUAACAGUGACGCCAAUUAUAUACACUAUUUAUUUCUAUUCAUGGAAAUUCUAGCAUUUCAAAAUCGCUUAUAAGCUGAUGUUAAGUGCGAAGAAAAUCGUCGCAGCGUCAUCAAAUAAAAAGUGCAUCAGAUAAUUAUAAGCCACAUUCAUACUCAUUAUAAAUCAUCACAAUUCAAUACUGUUCUGAUCACAAUCUUGUGAUCAUAAAUUCUGAGAAUAUUUUAAUUGCGUUGUAACUAUUGUCAAUAUUUAUAACUCUGCUUUAAUUUCAUUUUUCCCGUUCUAACACGGUUCGUAUAAAUUCUUUCACAUCACGUCUCGUUCAGAAUGUAGUAUAUUAUUACCUAAUAUAAAAGAAUUGCGACAAGAGAAUUGUAUCGCGAAAGAAACUCCAAUUUUUGAUGCUAUGCGUAACUAAUUGUUCACCAAGCGACAGCAAGCGAGAAGGAAGAUUAUGACAAAAGAGAAUGUUAUUUGCUCUCGAUAAAUCGUGAAAAAAUACAUUAAACCUUUUGAGCUUUCGAAACAUUGUCAAUGCGAUAUCGCAAUAUUACGUAACGUUUAAUAAUUUGCGAAUAUUAGUCUUGGGAUCGACGAAGGCGAAGGUCAUAACGAGAAGCGGAUACGAAUUUAACGAUACUGUAUCUAUCAUUCAGCGGAAUCAGAAGCAUCGAUCCUAGCGUCAAUUAUCGAGGAGUAUCGGCGUCCCGCUUACCACUUCAGUCGUCUCAUUCGGCGUUAAAACCUACCUACUAGGCAAGCUGCCCUCUGUACAUAAAUGAGAUAAUAAAAACAAAAAAGGUA